AUGUGGAAAUCCGUGUCGGGUUGGGUUCCCAUCCCCCCCCCCUUCACCACUAUGGACGCCUCGCAAACUCCGUCGUCGCCCGAACGCGCUACGCCGGAGAAGAUCCGCCAGCUCCUCUCCACGUUCAUAUCGCCGGAGAAGUCUCCCGACGUGGGGCAAAAGAGCCCAGAAACCAGAGUAAUACUGUCUCGGAACCGAGAGCGCUUCCUGAAACGCGUCGAGACCUUCACUCCGUCUGCGUGGGCCGCGAAGCCCAGCUGCCUCUCCCCGCUGUGCUGCGCCGCGUUGGGAUGGGAGUGUGUGGCCCGCGACGUUCUGUGCUGCUGCAGCUGCCGCACCGCCCAGUGCAUCGUUCUGCCUCCCAUCUGGGAAACUGCGCGUUACGAUGAAAAACUCAAGGAAGUAACAGAAUCUCUGAAGACGUCGCAUGCCAAGUACUGCACUUGGCCCGAUGACCCCUGUCCUGACUGGCUCUUCUUGCUGCCGCUGCAUGACCCUGCCCAGCUGCUCUCCUCAUUCUGCUCGCGUUUCCAGCAGCUGCAUGCGCUGCCUUCGCUCAGCCCUGCUGCCUUGCAUGACGUGGGGAUUUCAGAAGACACGAUGAAAUUGCUGCUGCAAGCAUUGGCUCCCGCCAAGAGAGCAGAGCACGGCGGUGACGCAGAGACUGACGGAAAGAACGUCUGCGGAAGAGAAGGAAGCAAUGGAAAAAACGACAGCCUUGAAGGAGCGACAAAAGGAGAGGUAGAAAUUGCAGGAGCAACGAGCGCGAUGGACAAUGGCGAAGGAAAGGUCAGUGGCGGAAGAGGAACAAAUGGAACGGGCGGCCACGACGCAAGCGCCAGCGGGAAGGAUGACGGCAAAGAGGUUUUGAGUGAAACGGAGGGCGGUGAAGGGGAAACUAAUGGGAGGAGCGGCAAAGGGGAGGGAACGCCCUCAAACGUCGACGCUGACUCAGGGGUCCAAGGCAAGGACGUAGAGGGGGAGGCCGCCGUCGUCCAGAAAGAGGCGGCACCUGGAGCGAGCAGUGAAGUUGGAGAGAAGGUGGAUGACGGGGUGAAGGUGGACGACGUGUCGAACGUGGACGGCGGGGCGACGGUGGACGACGGGGCGAAGGUGGACACUGGGGCGAAGGUGGACGAAGGGGCGAAGGUGGACGACGGGGCGAAGGUGGACACUGGAGCGAAGGUGGACGAAGGGGAGAAGGUGGACGACGGGGCGAAGGUGGACGACGGGGCAAAGGUGGACGACGGGGCGAAGGUGGACGACGGGGCAAAGGUGGACGACGGGGCAAAGGUGGACGACGGGGCAAAGGUGGACGACGGGGCAAAGGUGGACGACGGGGCAAAGGUGGACGACGGGGCAAAGGUGGACGACGGGGCAAAGGUGGACGACGGGGCAAAGGUGGACGACGGGGCAAAGGUGGACGACGGGGCAAAGGUGGACGACGGGGCAAAGGUGGACGAAGUGACAGUUGACAUGGAGCCCGGGGCGGUGGCCGCCUGUGUGCUUGCGCUCUGCGGCUGGGACGCCAGCCCGAACGUCAAAUCCAUCGUCAGCUGCACGAUCUGCUGUCGCCGCAUCGGCCUGUGGAACUUCAAAACGCAGGAUGCAGAUUCUGAACGGAGUUGCGACACCAUGACCGUCGGCAAUGUGACGCCGUGCGGCAGGCCUUCCCCGGCCUCCGCCGCCGUCAUUUCUCCGGCGUCGCAGCAAAACCUCGUCUCUCCGCCUAAGCAGCAGGUGUCCCCCGGGCCGCGAGUCGCCGUGGGAACCAAGAGGCCGAUCGUGGAGGAUGCGAGCGGGGGCCAUGGUGGCCGUCGCGAUGACUGCGCCAGCCCAGCCAAGCGCGGCCGCACGGAUGUGGACAACAUAACCUUUCACCCCAUUUCGGAACACCGCCAUUGGUGCCCGUGGGUUUGUCCCGUGACGGUUCCCGGCCCAUCAGAGGCAGACGAGGGUGCGUCACAAGACAAGGUGCCAGGAUGGAGGGCAGCCCUGAAUACAAUGCUGCCGAUGAUUGUGGGAGAAGGGACCGUGAGCACUCUGGAACCCACGGACGUGUGGAAGAAGGUCCACCGCUCCAUCAUGUCCUGGCAGGUGUCCGGCUCGGGAUAACCAUCCUGCUUCUUUUCGCGCACUCGCUGUGUAGACUGUUGGCAACGGCGUGGCACAUUAGAGGUGUGGUGCCGAGAGCACCACACGUCCACGCACCGACACAAAGGCAGUUUGACCGAGAAGAGUACCGCUCGCGUCACCUCGCUGUGUCUGGUGUCGAACCAACGAUCGCACACAUACACGUAGAUAACAGAAUGUUGGGGGACAAUUACUGUUUGCGAGCAUCUAGUGAAGGUCAGCACUGGACACGGGAGAAGUGGCAUUGUCGAAAUUACGCUCGGCCGCCUUUGUCUUCCACGUGCCGGUGUUUACACACUGUACCACCUACUCAUUUAAGGCACGAGCCGCCCGCGGGGAAUCCCCGGACCGGUGCAACUUUUCACCCCCGAUGUUAGCGAUGGCCAGGAAUCAAACUAGGGUCGCCGGGUUCGUACCACAAGUGACGCUGACCUCUACCGAUCCCCGCAACACACAUACACACUGCAACACACACACACACUGCAACACACACAAAGCACCCACACCCUCGUGUCGGUGGGGGUGUGGGUGGAAUUGUGGCCUCGGGCUGUAAAUAACCGCUACGUGAGGAAGAAAGGUCCCAGGUGAAUGUGCGCACCUGUCCUCGGCUCGGCCCCUGCGGUGGCGGUAGUCGAGGCGUCAUGGUUCAGUACAUUUCCCGCAAAAGCUCAUUGAUGAUUGCAAUCUGAAUUUGCGGAUUUAUUUUCAAAUGAUCUCACAUUGACUUUUUUUUUACAAUUUUUGUUAUUUUUUUCUGCUGUUCGUGUAUGUGUGUGCGUCGCCUAUAAUUUCGCACAAGUGUAACCGUUGGCAGUUGUCGAUUGAUUUGAAAGGCAAAAUAAAUCGUAAACUGUGGCAGUGGGAU